UUAAAUCAAGAAGGUGGUAGUCCCAUUCGUCCACAAGCUGCGCAGCUCUAAAGCGUUGAGGAGGAUGGCAGUAGUCUUGCAGACUGUUGAGAUCGCGAUGAGAGUCGAUGAUUCGUGCCGCUGUUCAAACGGCGCAAAAGCAUUGAUUGGGUAUAAGGAAGCGACGAAGCAAGAGUCCUAUCUACUCCACGUUUCGAGGUACUUGAUAGUAGGUACCUUCGUAGCGUUGUCUAUAGGCCGAGAGGAAGAAGGUUAAUCUCCAGCCUCUGCGUCUGGGGUGCAGUCCGGGG